GUUGCCAGCUGGGAAUGGGAAUGAUGAAUUUCCCUGAACCUGCAACCGAAUGUGCCCCUUCGACAACCCUGCAACCACUCCCCCUCUCCUCCCAUAUCCUCCAGUUUGUAAAUAAGUCUAUCUUUCUUUCAACCGAAGCCAUCGAGAGAAGAACAGUUUAUAAUUGUUAAGAUUGUUAGUUUACAUAUUUAAUUUUUGGGUUUUUACGUCAAUGUCCAGAUCAAGGAACUUCUGCUUCCUUCAAUCGUCCUUCUCCGAUCUUCUUCCUGUCAAGCCUGCCACCGGCCCCACCCUCCGAGAUCUCAUCCUCAACACCCGGCCCAGUCAAUCAGCGGUAAUAUCAGUCCUCCAGCGAGUCCCGACCAGCCCGACCGGAUCCCGCUGGAGAGCCUACAGCACUUCCUCGGCCCAACUGAAGAACAUCACCGCCGAACAGGCCACCCAAACCGGACCAAGACCAUGGACAUCGAUCACCCUGAUUUCGUUGGCGACGCUCUCGAUCGGCUACCUCGUCGGAACUAGCUAUCCGCCCAGUCUCAUGAGCCAACUCGUCAUCAAUUCCUUCCUCAAACCCUCCUCUACCAGCUCAUCCUCCCAUCCCCAUCAUCACCAUGACUCGCCAGAGGCCCAGGAGAUCACCAACGCCAUCGAAUCCCAGCUCCAUCAACUCCAGAUCGUCAAACAACUUAAUGCUCAACCCGACCGUUGGCUGUCCUUCAGACCAUUCAAUAAACUUGCUCGGCAUCAGAUGUCUCAUAGCCUUACUUAUUCAACCCUCAGAGGCCCUGGGAAAUUCGCAAUCCCUCCCAUAGUAUUCAUUAACAAGGAUAAAACAGAAGCAGUAGUGGUCGUGCACGUAGGCGAUUUGAUGUGUGGACACGAUGGGAUCGUCCAUGGAGGCUUACUCGCGACGAUUUGCGAUGAAGGACUAGCCGCCCUUGCGUUCAGCAAUUUGCCCAACAUGAUCGGAGUGACGGCGAGUCUGAAGUUGGACUACAAGAAGCCGGUCCUUGCCAACCAGUUCAUCAUCCUCCGCUCCUGGCUCCCGGGCGAUCGAGCGCCCAAAGGCAGGAAAGUCUGGGCCGAUGGGCGGAUCGAAAACUUGGCUGGAGACGUCCUGGUCGAAGCUGAGAGCUUGUUUGUCGAACCCAAAGGAGCAAAAUUCAUCAGCAACAGCCAGGUCAAAGAAUUCAUGACGAAAGGUUAAACACAUCAUAAACACCCAUAUAUAUACAUACCUCGAAUGUCCCCUCUUUCCUUUGCUUGUAUACUUGUGUAUAUAUAUGUGGACGGGUGUGUAUAUAUGUGUAC